AUGGCAGAAGAAAAGGACAGUGAAUUACUUGCCAGCUUUAACGCAUUGGCGAACUUGGAGAAAGAUAUGGACGCCGCCGAAAGAGACGCGCAAUGGUAUCGUCUUCAGAAAACGCAAACCAUCUAUAGUAAACGACAAGAGGUGGUUAGUCAGAUUCCACAGUUCUGGUAUCUGGUUCUAGUGCAGAACGAUGACUUUGCAGAUUAUGUUGAUGUAGAAGAUAUGAAAUACCUUGAGGUUGUACUGGAUGUAUAUGUGGUGUAUGAAGACGUUGAUCACUUUUCCAUCACGAUUACUUUUGGUAAAGACUCUCGUGAAGACAAUGCCAUACAGGAACAAACAGUGACCAAGAAGUUCUGGCAUGUGGUUGAAGAUGGGGAAGACUUAUUGCAUUCUGAGGCUGUAAGUGUUGUGUGGCCCGAAUCUUUAGCAAACAUCAAUCCCACUGAAAUCAAAGCACGCACAAGGGGUACAUCCAUGACUAAGGAAGAUAAAAAGAACUACAGACUAGGAAUGAAAUCAUUUUUUUCGUGGUUCUCCUGGACAGGUACAAAGCCGGGUAAGGAGUUUCGGAAUGGAGAGGAAUUGGCUCGUUUGAUAGCCGACGACCUCUAUCCGUAUGCAGUUAAAUACUUUACUGCUAGUUUAGAAGCUGACAAUGAAGAUGAUGAUGAGGAUGUGAGUACUCUGGAGGGUGAGGAAUUGGAUAUUAGUGCAGAUGAAGAGGAGGACGAGAAGAAACGGAAACUGGAAACAGAAGAUGCGGAGUCACGUAAGAAACAAAAGUAG